CGAGAGACCUAGACACAGACGUAGAGAGAGAGAGAGAGAGAGAGAGAGAGAGAGAGGAUGGCUGGUAGGAUUUAGCCCCGGCAGCGUCUUUUCCCGUCCAACACAACAAGCUUAUUACCUUUCUCUCCACGCGCUUGGAAACGGAUUUACGCGCACGAAAAGGAGGAGUUUGGAGGACUAGUAGGAUGCUGAGUAUCUUUCCUCCUCGCAACUGUUCUCCACCCUGCUCUCCAUGACCUGAGAGCGCUACCACAGCGGGAGGAACGAAACACCAGAGCGAGAGAGGAAGAGGAGGGCAGAAGGCCAGGGAAGGAAGGAAGGAACACACUUUUUUUGUUGUUGUUUGUUUUCCCUUUCUGAAAUGGCGGCGACGGAGGCCAACGCGGCGCCGGUGGUCCAGGAAGACGGAAAAACCCCAGAGAGCAAGCCAACAGAGGCAGAGCAACCAGCUAAAAAUGCCAACGCAAACUCAGAGACUGUCAACAACGAAGUUGUCGAUAAAGAUGGCACUGCUGUCAACAGUGAGGUUGUCGAUAACAAAGAGACUGUGAAUAAUGACACAGUGGCGGCGGCAGGAGCUGAGGAGGGAGAAGCAGCAGAGAGUGGGGAGGCGGCACCUCCUCAGAGCUCGGAAAACGCCUCCUCUGCUGAGCCCAAGACCUCGUUCCUGGACUCCUUCCUCAACAAGAGCGGCCUGGGAAAGGUGAUGGGAGGAAGGAAGAAGAAAGAGCAGGUCACAGCCACUGGAGGAGGAGAGGAGAACGCAACUGAAGGAGGGGAGAAAGAGGGAGAGAAAGCAGGCGAGGAGGCUGCAGCAGCUGAAGGACAAGCAGAGGGAGGUGCAGAAGAAGAGGCGGCAAUAGAGAAAGCUCCAGAAAAUGGAGAAAAGGAGGAGGAGAAGAAAGCAGAGAAGGGCAAACCGGCGGAGGCUAAAUCCACAGUACGAGAUCUGAUCAGGAAGCCGGUGGCAAGGAUUUUCUCCCAUCGCAGCACCGAGAAGAAGGAUGGCGCCACCACAGAACCCCAGAAACAAGUAAAGGUUCGGUCCAAGUCUCUGGACCGGCUGGAAGAUCCUGAAGCACUUAACACCACUGCAGACUCCACCAUAGAGGAGGGAGGAGCAGCAGGAGGAGCCGAGGGAGGCACAGAGGGAGAACAGAAAGGCUCAUCCUCCUCGGCAGCCACCAAGCACAUGAAGCGCUGGCACUCCUUCAAGAAGCUCAUGGCUCAGAAGGCGCACAAGAAGAGCGGAGGAGGAGAGGACUGUAAAGAGGAGGGAGCAGAGGGAGAAGGAGGCGGUGGAGACUCCUCCACGCUGGACUCCAAGGAGUCGGGGCAGAAGAGGUGGAAGCUGAAACGCUCCUGGACCUUCCAGGGCCUGAAGAGGGACCCAUCCAUGGUCGGCAUCAGCGGCAAGGCCAAAGGCUCCGACAAAGACUCUGCUGACAAUGUAAAGCCAGAGGAGGCAGCAGAGGGAGGAGCUGAGGGAGGAGAGGAGGCUAAGGCAGAGGGAGGAGCAGAGGAGGCCAAGACGGAGGGAGGGGAGGAGAAGGAGAAGGCUGAAGGAGGGGAGGAGGAGAAGGCAACAACGGCGGGAGGUGGGACGGUGACGCAACACGCCAAUGAGAUCUGGACCUCCUUCAAGAAGCGUGUCAUCUCCAAGUCCAAACGCGCCAACACAGAGUGCGCCCCCAGCGGGGAGGAGGAUGCAACUGCAGCUGCCACCUCAGGUGAGGAGGGAGCAGCAGAGGAGGGCAAAGACGGCAAGUCAGCCAAGGCCAAGCGCUCACAUUUUGGCCGCGCAGUUUCCCUGAAGAACUUCAUCCUGCGAAAGGGCAAGUCCACUAGUGUGGACCUGGGUGAGGGCACCAAGGAAGAAGAGGAGGUCACGGAGGGAGGAGAGGCAGGAGAAGCAGCAGAGGAAGGAGGUGAAGCUGCCACAGCGACUGAGGAGUCCAAUGACAAAGAUGCAGUACCGGCUGAGAAGACGGAGGUGCUGGAGAGUGGAGGGGAGGCAGUGGAGAGUGGAGGGGAGGCGGCGAAAGAGGUGGAGAAGACGCUGGCCGAAGCUCCUGUGACCAACGGGGAAAACGGCUGCUCCAACGGCACAGCAGAGGAGCACGCCACACACAAUCACCAGGAGGAGGAGAAGACGACUGGGGGCAGCCCCGUGAAGAAGACCAAGGAGGCAGGAGGAGCGAAAGAGGAGGCCAACGCCAAGAUCAUCAAUGCCACGGCGGCUGUGAACAGCGACAAAAAGGCGGGAAACGUGUGAGGCCACACAAAGAGGAUUAGAACUGCCUGGGAUUCGCUGAGCAAGGAGCUCUGAGCCCCACCCCCCCUAACUCCUCCUCCUCCUCCCCCCCUCCUCCUCUCUUCCUUCAUCCCUCAUCCUUCCUCCCAGAGUAAUCACGUGUUAACAGAUCACCAUGGUGAGAAAGAGAGAGAGAGAUUGAGAGAAUGAGAAAGACGCAAUUCAUGUAGAUGAGAAGUGAAAAAUAAUAAUCACUCAGAAAGCAAUAAUUCAAGCCCUUCUUUUUGUCCCCCAUCCAUCCAUCCAUCCAUCCAUCCAUCCCUUCAUCCAUCCAUCCCCUCCGUCCAGUACAUGCAUACACACAAACAAAAAUGUACAUCCAGUGUUUUUAUUUUUAUUUUUUUUUCUUUGCUUGUCUGUGAGAUUUUAUAUUGUCUACGAGAGAAAAGAAAAAUGCAGAAAUGUAAAAAAUGAAAAUCGAGAACCCCUUCCCCCAUUUCCCCCGCCGUCCUAUUUUCCUCCUCGUCGAGCUACUUAACUCUGCUCUCUGUCUCUACCAACCCCUGAUUGGUGGAUUUAAAGAACAAAAAAAAAAGAAAAAAAAGACUGUUAGUUUUAUAUUGACGGCCAUUUUGGUUUGUAGUCCCCUUCAACCCCCUUCGCCCCCCCUCCCCAUCCGUCCCAGUAGAUAUUUGACAGUACAGCAGGACCAUGUUGCUACAGUAUAUAAACUGCCCUGAGGACUGCCACUUCCCAACCAACACUGCAAUGUCUUCAGCUCUGUGUGUUUAAUGUUUUUAGACUGUUAUAUUGUGUACAUGAAUAAAAAAAAAAGAAAAAACCACCAUCAAAUAUUAAAGUCAAAAUGUUUGUUUUUUCUUUUUCCUGUUUGGUUUGGAUUCUCUUUUUCUUUUUGUUUUAUUUUCUAAAAACACAUCUUCUCACUGUUACCGCAGUCUGACGAUAUGCUGUAAUUAAAAAAUGAUAAUAAUGAUGAUGAUGUUUUGUUGGUCCAAGUUUUCACAUGUCCGCUAGCAAAUUGUCAAGAAAAAAAUAGUACAAUAAAGACUAAAAUCUAACAACUAAA